CUUUCCUUCUUCCGUCACACUGUGCAGGUCACUUCGACGUGUUAUAUCACAUUUGGAUGGCAUAGCUGUUCGGUUGUAUGCCCUUCCUUUAUAACUGCGGCAACCCUGAACCAGAACUGUCGUUCUAACCGCUAGAACUGCCGUAGAAUUCGUAUAAAUGGAACAACAGCGGAUUCCUUUCCCUAGAUCACGCGCAGCCUCAGAAGUCACACCUCCUCGCAAUGUCGAUGAGUCCGUCAUCAACGAGACUUUUCAUUCUGCUGUGGAACCGAACGAAGGAGAAUCGAACAUCAAACCUUCUGAGACCAAUAGCUCGACGACAGACUCUUUCGCCACAUCUUACUCUAAGCUGACCUUGUCUGAUAAAUUGUCUGCCCUCCCGCCCCCCGGUAGUCCUAACUUAAACAGGACUCGAUCCCCAAACCCCAGUGCUAGCCGAGGUUUUAGGCGUAGUUUUGAAGCGUCUGGUUCUCUUCCCUCGGUGAGGAGUACAGGAGAUAUAGAUCUCAUACAGUCCGCGUGGAACAGCCCUCGACAGAGUAGCCAUCUAGUCACUCGGUCGAAUGCCUCAGAUGGUUCCGUGGGCCUUGACACGCCAAGGAAUAGAGCCUCGUUAGAUUCCGACCGCAUCUCUUUACCUGCAUUUCACAGUGUUAGAAACGCCUUUUCCCGCAGAAACAGGGGAAGCGAUCCUACUCUUCCAGCUCAGCGUACCGAACAACUGAGAGGAGAAACAGUCGGAUCACGUUCCCGUUCCCCCUCUCGUGCAGCAUCUCCUCUACGUCUAUUACAACAAUGGUCUCAGGGUCUUCAUCGUUCUCAUAAUCACCCAACAGAAGAACCAUUUAUUCCCGUCGAUCCUUUCCGCGCAAAGUCCCACUUCCGUUUCCCAGGCAUACCCUGCUUUUGCGUCAGCGAACCUAGCGAUGACCCAGACGCGGGAAGGGAUCAUGAUUGCGACCAGAUUAAGCAACGUGCUGAAAGCAUCUCCGCUUUUGUCACCGAGACGCUACCACGAGUAUUCUAUUUAUACUCGCUUCUGCGUUUGCCAGCUCUUUAUUUCUCUAGGGUCGCGCGGAUUUUCGAGGACGCCGAGGUUAGCCGGCCGGACGUGCAGCGCAUGAUUGAUGCGUGCUCCCGCCCGGGUUAUACUAUACCACUGUCCUCCCAUGUGAAUGUCAAUUCGAACGCGUAUCGUACGUCGGCUGCUGGAGUAUCCGGACACGUCGGUGCUGCAGCGCUAGUUGCUGACCUGGAUAUUCUUCCAGAGGACUGGGCAGCACCGUUCGUCUCUCCAGCGCUUGUACGAUUCAAGCAUUCAUGGGAGGCGUUUAUUGAUACCCUUAUGAGAGAGUGGAAAACUCUCAAUGUCGUUUCUGCUUUAUUGUUAACAGCUAUUUUAACCAUGUUCCAGAUACCGAACGCUGCAUCGGACCCUAUCACCCGAACGGCGGCGUUGUUGUCAUUAAUAUGUGCUUUAAUGAGCGUGUCUUAUGGAUGUAUGUACAUCGUCAGAUUUGGAACCAUGAGGACUAUGUAUCGUGCUUCGCGAUGGGCCGAGGAGGCUCGUAAGACCAACACCGUAAUUUGGUGGAACGUCUGGGUUAUGCUCGCGAUGCCAGCCGUAUGGCUGUCCUGGUCUAUGGUAUACUUUGUCAUUUCCAUCCUAUCCUUCGUAUGGCGUACGGGAUCGUAUGUAGACCCAGACGAGCGCGAGGGACUGAGUCCCACUGGUGCUCUGGGUCCACGAAUUGCGAUUACGGGAGUUUUCCUGAUUGGGAUGGUGUAUCUCGUGCUCAUUAUAAAGACCCUUAAGAGCUACGGUACACAUUGGGUGCUGAAAUCUGGGGGACAGGUGCCAGAGCAGGAGGAGGAGCGACGGGGUAGGGAGAGGGUGCGGGGCACGAGUAGCCAGGCGAGCAGGAGGCGGAGUGAGCGGUAUGACCAUGUACCCGAGGCUACAGCGAGGGAGACCCCGGAUCUUCGCAAGGACAAGGUAGUCGAAGAGGUUACGGAAACCGAGGUGAAGGAGAACGGGCGGCUUAGAACUCUAUUAGGGUUCGGGGUGAGCCGGAAUUCUGAUUUGGAGAAGGGGAUGCGAGCGGAGAAGGAUUCACUUAGACGUGCUCAUUCAUCGGGCUGAAUUAUGAUAUCUGUAUGAUUACUUAUGUACUGAUUUGCUAUGGACCGCUGUACGAACCGUUAUUGUAGAAGAUUGCAUCGUUGUUAUAGAUAUGAAUGUCACCGGAGUACUUGAUAAACUGGGAAUUCUUCCGUUAAAUUAUUACGUUUAUCGCGCUUCAUGAAAUGGCAUCAAACGAUGGUCGUGUAUAUGGU